AGCGCACGCCAUUUGAGUUCUCACAGCGUGACGUCAAACACCAGUCAAGCAACUAAAACGCUCCGCAUCCCGCGUGCCUUUCACCCGGGAUCUGAUAGCACAGCUCAAUGCAAAUGCGCUUAUAAGCAGGACCUUUCUCUCUCUUGCUGUUGGAUUUUAUAAAAUGGGACUAUUUGAUGCUCUUAGAGAUUUUAGUUUAUUGACAUGGCUAAGAGAAGAAAAACAGUCUCGGAGGUUGAUUCUGUUGAUCGUUUUUAUUGCUUUGCUGUUGGACAAUAUGCUGUUGACGGUGGUCGUACCUAUUAUUCCCAGCUACCUGUACACAGUGGAUGACGAAGCCUCCCAGGCAGCCCAGAAUCACUCCAUCUCCUCUCUUACCCCAACCGGCACUUUUCAGAGCAUCGUGUCUUUGUAUGAUAACUCAACACGCCUGACUGGCUUCAGUCCGCAAAUGAGCACGGCCAGCCUGUUGACCUCAGCCCCUCCUUCUGUCACCCCCCCUCAAAACCACUCCGAUUGCCCAAAAGCAGACGACCAGCUCCUGAAUGAGAACGUCAAAGUGGGUCUGUUGUUUGCAUCUAAAGCAACAGUACAGCUCAUCACCAACCCAUUCAUAGGACCUCUCACCAACAGAAUAGGCUACCAGAUCCCGAUGUUUGCUGGUUUCUGCAUCAUGUUUGUUUCAACGCUCAUGUUUGCGUUUUCAUCGAGCUAUACUCUGCUGUUUUUGGCCAGAUCUCUGCAGGGUGUCGGUUCCUCGUGUUCUUCUGUAGCAGGUAUGGGGAUGCUGGCUAGUGUUUACACAGACGAUGAGGAAAGAGGGAAUGCUAUAGGAAUUGCCUUAGGAGGUCUAGCAAUGGGAGUUUUGGUUGGCCCUCCAUUCGGCAGUGUCAUGUAUGAAUUUGUCGGUAAGACGGCCCCGUUCCUCAUCCUGGCUGUGCUUGCAGUUCUAGAUGGAGCUCUGCAACUCUUUGUAUUUCAGCCAUCAAAGGCUGAACCAGAGACCCAGACAGGAACUCCACUGUUGACCCUCAUGAAAGAUCCUUACAUUCUCAUUGCAGCAGGUUCCAUUUGUUUUGCUAACAUGGCUAUUGCUAUGCUGGAACCAGCCCUGCCCAUCUGGAUGAUGGAAACAAUGUGUCCAAGGAAAUGGCAGCUAGGGGUUGCAUUCGUGCCAGCCAGCAUCUCAUAUCUUAUAGGGACCAACAUCUUUGCCGUUCUGGCUAACAAAAUGGGGAGAUGGCUGUGUUCACUCAUCGGUAUGCUGCUAGUUGGUCUCAGCAUACUCUGCGUGCCUUUUGCAAAAGACAUAUACGGACUCAUUGUGCCAAACUUUGGAGUUGGAUUUGCAAUCGGUAUGGUGGACUCUUCAAUGAUGCCCAUCAUGGGUUAUCUAGUAGAUCUGAGGCAUGUGUCUGUGUAUGGUAGUGUGUACGCUAUUGCUGAUGUUGCGUUCUGCAUGGGCUUUGCUUUAGGUCCAUCAGCAGGUGGAGCGAUCGCACGGAGUAUUGGCUUCCCAUGGCUCAUGACCAUUAUUGGUGUGAUCGACAUCCUGUUCGCUCCACUAUGUUUUUUCCUGCGAAAUCCUCCUGCCAACGAGGAAAAGAUGGCCAUUUUGAUGGACUCGAGCUGGUCAAUGAAGACGCGUUCCUACUCCACCCAGGGCUCCAGCUACCAAAUGGGUGACGAUUUGGACCCCGAGAGCCCUGAAUAAGCCCCGUCACUGCCAGCGCCCAUGUAUGUCAACUUGAGCAUCUAUUUUGUUGUAUGAAAGAGAAAAACAACAGACUUUAAAGAAAACCACAAUGCCGAUAUGUAAAAAUAUCCGAUACCUGUCCCACGCUUGUCCUGUGGCUCUGAUGGUCAUGCUCUACUGAAGCAAACCAAAGCUGUUCUCAUUAAUGUUUGUUCUCAGUGGGAGAAAUGAAGUAUCUACCCAACAGCCUUAUCAAUAUGCAUAACACUUGCAUGUGAUUCGAGAGCAGGAUUUGAAGAUAAAGAGAAGCAAACAUUAACUAGACUUUCAUUGGGUGUAACAACAUUCUUCAGUUUUUUUAAUGAAAAGUUCAUUUAAGGUGUGAAAAUGAGUAGUUGAUAUAUAAUGGAGGAAUCAGUUAUAAAACCGGUUUCAUUCAAUAUGACUUUGUGGACAGAUAUGUACAGGAUAUUUAUUGUUUGUUUGUGAUGAGUGGGAAAAAUGUGGUCUUCAUGUAUCUAUUGGUCCUGUUGAAGUCUCUUUUCAUAGGCGUAAAUGUCAGGUUCAUUCGAGUUAGAUUACUUUACAACUUUACUACCUUGAAAUGGGCCUUAACACGUUUUUAUUUAUUUUUUAUCAGGUUAGAAUUAACAACAUAAUAUCUCAUAAUAGCUGAAGUUUUUUUAGGUAAAUUUAAAUUUGGUAAAUUAUUUGAUUCCAUUGCUGUUUUGGUUUCAAAUCAUUUUUGAGCAUGUGAAGUCCAUAAGCUGGUCAAGUGAUAUCUUGCAUUGGUGUGCAGACCCUACGCGUAACAUUAUUAUCAUGUUUUUUUUAUUUAUUUUAUUUCUGACAGCAUUAGAUAAUCAAGCAGAAAGUCUUAUCGUUUUUGGAAAUGUUAUACUUGUGUGACUUGGGUGAUGUUGACAAAAAUCAUUGUACUGUAAUGAACAAUGAGCCAUGCCUAAAUAUUACCUACACAUGGUGACGAACUGUUUCAGUUUAGUUAAAGAAAAAUAAAUUAUUGCUGUAAAGCAUCCAGAUACUUAAGGUACCUUAGAUUCUAUUUUAUUUUUGAAGUGUAUAAAGUAUACAGCAUAUAUCUAUAUUUUAGUAAGUCAUUUAAAAAUGUGCGUUCAUUUGUAGAGAACGUUUUAAUAUUCUUCUUUCCCAAUUUGUCACAUCUAAUUUCCUUUUGAAUUAAACCAAUAUUUUUAUUAAUUUUCCAGGGGCAUGAAUAGCUUAAUUCUCCACACUCUCGUUCUCACUAGGACGGUACCUUUUAAAAAGUCCUAAUAUGUAUUAUUUUGGUACAGAUAUGUACUUUUGAGGAACCAGGUACCAAUAUGCACCUUUUACGUACAAAAGUGUACAGGUUGUUGCUUAUCAGCAGCAUGGUGUACCAGUUUUUAUUAGCAAACAAUUUUUAUGCCUUAAAAUAUAAGUGUUAGCCUGAAUGUCCAUUGUUUUUUCACAAUUCAAUAACAAACACAUUAUCAUGGGCAACAUUUCAUAUUCUAAAAAUAAAUUCAAGAUAGCUUAAGAUCCAACAAUGUUCAAAUCCUGCUUUUCCUUACCUUAUAAACUGAUAGAAAAGCAAUUUCAAUUGGGAUGAAAACAAACUGAUUGGCCUUAUGAUUCCUUGCUGUAAAAUACCAAGCAAAUAGAUCUUCAUAUUGUUCAGAGCCCAUUUAUUUUCUGUGGCAUCUAUGUACUGUGGAAAACAUGUUUUUUAUUGCCCAUAGGAAAAUAAAAUCAUUUCACACACAUCAUGUUUUCCUCUGGAGCUACAAUCAAUUUAUUGCAACAAUUUUGACCAAAACUGGCCUUUGAUAUAAACCAUUUUAGCUCAACUUGAAGUACAAGGACAACUAGAGCUUUUUUGUGUUAGAUGGGGGGGAUGAGAUCCUUCUAUUAAUCCUCUGUCAUUAAAAGUGCAAUUGCUAUAUGGACAGACCAAAUGCAUGCGAGUCAGCAGACAGAAUUGACCAGGUAUAACUUGAUUUACCAGAGAUUUGCCAGUGUUAACUAACCCCAAAUCACCUGAACCAUUUAAAAGGUACAAAAUACACGUGAUACACAACGCUCAAUCAGAAUGAUAAAUGUCUUGCUAAGUUAUUGAUUUGCACGCUUUUAUCCCUCUUUGUAAUUACUUAUAAUUAAGUUACAUGUCUUUUUUUAUUAAAGAUUCGUGUAUAUGUGCCAAUGUCAGUGUGUGCCUUUAGACUGGUAUGUCUUGUGUUUGAACUAUAUCAUGAGGUUCAGUUGAUGGUUUUGUAUCCAGUGUUUCAUCAGGUGGUCAUCAGCUUUAGAGCUGUGUGGGUAAUGUGUAUGACUGCAAUGGAAAAAUAAAUGUUUAAUAAGACCUA